UAAUCUUCUUAGAGCAAGUUAGUACCCACCAAAACCAGAUUCUAUCACAACACACUCAACUUCACUCCAUCUCAUCUCCUCCGAUCUACACUCCCCAAACUCCAUCACUAACAUCCGGUAAAACCCUCACCGGCGCCGGAAUCACAACAAACUUCCACCGAUUCCUCCUCCACAGAUGUCGGCGGCGAAGCCUCCUGCAAUGCCGUUCACCGCCAUCAACACAAAACAAGCAUUAAUCCUAAUCCUCUCAACCCUAACCCUACUUACACUCAUUUACAUCUCCUCCAAUUCCUUAGGCUCCACAUAUUCGUAUCCUUCACCAACAAUAACAACAACAACAAUACCUACUGCUUCCAGUUCUACACUCAAGGAGGAUGCUGAAUUUUCGGAUGUGUAUCAUACACCGGAUGUGUUUAGGUUGAAUUAUGCUGAGAUGUUGAAGAGGUUUAAGGUGUACAUAUAUCCGGAUGGCGAUCCGAAGACGUUUUAUCAGACGCCGAGGAAGCUUACUGGAAAGUAUGCAAGUGAGGGCUACUUUUUUCAGAAUAUUAGAGAGAGUAGGUUUAGGACUGAAGAUCCGGAUGAAGCUCACUUGUUUUUCAUACCGAUUUCUUGUCAUAAGAUGCGAGGGAAGGGAACUUCAUAUGAAAACAUGACUAUCAUCGUACAAAAUUACGUAGAUGGUUUAAUAUCAAAGUAUCCUUAUUGGAACAGAACACUGGGUGCUGAUCAUUUUUUUGUCACUUGCCACGAUGUUGGUGUAAGGGCGACAGAGGGGCUUCCGUUGCUUGUUAAGAAUUCAAUACGAGCUGUGUGUUCCCCAAGUUAUGAUGUUGGGUUUAUCCCCCACAAAGAUAUCGCUCUUCCUCAAGUACUGCAGCCUUUUGCUCUUCCACGUGGCGGAAAUGAUAUUGAAAACAGAACGACACUUGGUUUCUGGGCUGGUCAUAGGAAUUCCAGAAUCAGAGUGAUCUUGGCUCGCACGUGGGAGAACGACACAGAACUUGAUAUAUCAAACAACAGAAUAAAUAGGGCUUCUGGGCAUCUUGUAUAUCAAAAGAGAUUUUAUAGAACCAAAUUCUGCAUAUGUCCCGGUGGUUCACAGGUGAACAGUGCCCGCAUAGCAGAUUCAAUCCAUUAUGGUUGUAUUCCAGUAAUUCUGUCCAAUUACUAUGAUCUGCCAUUCAACGAUAUUCUUGAUUGGAGUAAAUUUUCGGUCAUACUCAAGGAGAAAGACGUGUAUGACCUAAAGCAAAUUCUCAAGGACAUAUCCAACGAACAAUUUGUCACUCUCCACAACAAUUUAGUGCAGGUUCAGAAGCAUUUCCAAUGGAAUACACCUCCCAUUCCAUACGAUGCUUUUCAUAUGGUCAUGUAUGAUCUGUGGUUACGUCAUUCUGUUAUCAAAUACUGAACUAUAAGUUGGUAAGUCAUACACGCCUCAAAAUGUUGUUUUGAGCUACUGUACACAUUUUUUCAUUUUUUUUAAACUGGUCAUAUGUAGUAAUACAACCAGGUCCAUGUCUAUUUCUAAUCCUUUCUAAAUUGAGCUUUCGUUUGAGAUGACAUUUAGUUUAUGUUACGUUUUCUUCAUUGCACUGUAGAACUUUACCCCUAUGGUCAAUGUUUACUCUGUUGUAUGUAAACAGUUCUGUUCCUGUUUGAUAACUGAAACAGGAUGCGUUUUAUGGGACUUGUUUUUUUUUUAAGGAUGACAUGGAAAUCUAAAGUACAUAAUGGAACUUGUA